AACCGGAAGUUUGAUGUAACGGAUGCGGAAACGGAAGACCAGCUGAUAAGCUGGAGGAGAAACGUCGAGUUAUAAAUACUAAUACAACGGUGUUUUGUAGGCUAUAAAUGACCACUGCGUGGGUUUAAGCAGCCUCUUCGUAUACUUUAUGGACGGAAGUAACGACGGAUAUAAGUAACUUGCUUUGACGUUAGUUUCCUGUAACCCUUUUUGGUUUCCAUGUAAACAUACCUAACGUGACCGAUAGCAUACUGUUCUGUCGCGAGAGUCUAGCUGCUUCAGCACGCUGAACUGCUGCCUGGGAGAAACGGGCUGUGAUGUCUCACCUCCUUCAUGAGUCAUGAAUCCCGUCAUUAAAGAAAUUGAUCCGGUUCACAGGUUCCCUGUGAUCUGCGAGGGGAUUCAUGGUUGAUGCUGAUCCUAAAGGGAGGAGUUUACAAUGUCACACAAGUAUCUUAUUUGGAGCUAUUUUCUAAAAUCCUAUGGAGAAAUAUCAUUGCUUUUUUGUGGAGGGAAGCCAUGCACAGUUUAUUUCCGGGUUUGAGGACGCCUCACUGCAGCUCUCUCGUCUCCUCUUCACACACCACACUUCGCGGCACAGCAACACCACCAUUUCCUACGAGGCAGUACCUGCUGUGGGAGCCGAUGGAACCAACAUCAUGAAACUGAUUCCUGUACAAACGGUCAACAGACAGUUUUUCCAAUCUCCAACAAGCCAACCUGAAACAGAUCCUACACCACAGAGAGCUGAAGCCAUGAACAUUUCAUCAGAACCUGUCCAGAUGUUUAAAACAAAUGUGGAACCUACUAACUCAGUGAACAAGUAUUUAUCCCAGCAACAGAAUACAAGGUUAAGGACCAUAGCUCCAAGUGCAACACCUGCAGCUAACAUUGGGAUGUCCGGAAGAGUUCCGAGUCAUCUCCCAGUCACAGUGAAAUCUCUAGAACUCCCUAGAGGACAGUGCCCACAGACUCCCUCUAACACACAAGUCCAAACAGUCCCAGCACCUGAACUACCUAAGAAACAGAUUUUGACUUUGUCUGCCAACUCCUCUCCGAGUACAGGCUUGUUCAACGGGUUAACUUUAAGCUGUUUCAAUCAAGAGUUUGAUCAAAAGAUGGAUUCUGCAUUUAACACGCUCCAGUUUAUUUGCAAGGUGGCAGGUAAACAUUCAUUAAGACCUCGAUUAAAAGAUUCACCACAUUUAACAUUAAUUCCAAAGGGUUCACAAAAGCCCAACAGCCCCAUGAAGUGGGUAGUUGGUGAAGAGGAUGGCUCAAUAGUUCCAACUCCUGAUCCAAUUAAUUCUGUAACUUCAGAGGUCCUUCGAAUUGUUGCAGAGAGAGAAAAUGCUAAAAAGCUCUGUGACGGCAUUACCAAACCCAGUCAUACUCUUGAGCCUGUUCCUUCUCUUGUUGCAUCAGAGAUUAUUCGAGUUGCUGCAGAGAGAGAAAAUGCUGAAAAACUCUGCCAAGUCAUGACCAAACCGGGUCCAACUCUCGAGCCUGUGCCAUAUUUUGUUUCUUCAGAGAUUCUUCGAGUUGCUGCAGAAAAAGAAAAGGCAAGCAAGCAAUGUGAUGUCAUUUCAAAACCACUUUCUGGGUCGAGUCCAGGCACAAGCGUACACAGACAGAAUCACAACUUGGUCAUCAAAAACAGAGAGGAUGCACCACAGCAAAAGAAGGUAGAUAUAUUUAACAUUCCUCGUAUGGCAGUGCCUACAAGAAACAGUGGGGAAGUAGGGAGAAAUCCGAGUCAGAUUCCAGUCACAGUGACAUUUCCAGCACUGGGAACAACCGCGAGAAACGGUGAGAAGUUAGGGAAAACCCCCAGUCAGCACCCAAUCACAGUGAAAUCUACAGCACUACCCAGAGGACAUGGCCUUCGGAGUCCCCCUGAUACAGAAGUCGGACCAGUCCUAGUAUCUGUAGUACCACCGGCUAUCAAGAAACAUGUUCCUACUUCAUCAGCCAACUCCCGUCCAAGUUCAGGCUUACCCAAUGUUGUCAAUUUGUCCCCUACCACAAGUGUCAACCAAGGAGUUAAUUCACAAAGUGAUUCUACACUUGAAAUACGCAAGUUUAUUUGCAACAAUUCCCCAAAAAAAUCAUCUGGACCUCCAUCAAAAGUUUCAAAACCACACUUAAGAUUGAUUCAAAGGGUUUCAAAAAGGCCCAACAGCCCCAUGAAGUGGGUUGUUGAUGAUGAUGAUGAUGAUGAUGAUGGCGGCGGCCCAACAGCUCCAACUCUUGAUCCCAUUGAUUCUUCCGUUGCUUCAGAGAUUUUCCGAGUUGUUGCGGAGAGAGAAAACCUUGGAAAGCACUGCGACGUCAUCCCAAAACCAGAAUCUGGGUCAAGUCAGGGCAAAAAUGUUCAAGGACCGGAAACCGUAAUCGUUUGUGAUGGUAAAGUGUUUUUAGUGCCAAAACAUUGCAGCUUGCAAUUUGAAACUGGGAAAAGUAACUGGCCCUUGGCAGAAAGCAAAGCAUAUGAAUUCAACAAAACUAUCGGACCUUCUUGCCAACAAUCAGUGAAGGCAUCUGCUCUUCAGAAAAGGGGGGGCCUCCAAAUAAUCCCUCAAGAUGAGUCAUGCGAAGUGAUUGACCUGUGUGAUGAUGGCGCUCACAAGGACUCGUCUCAACCAUCAGUUCAUUUGCCAGGAGUCACUCAUCCAUUCACCUCCGACAGCAGCAGUGGAAUAUGCUGUCAAAUAGAAAAGGAUACCGACAAAAUUGAGUGCUCUGUGAGUCCUGCUACAAGUUGGACAUCUACGCUGGCAGCGGAAUCCUGUAAAAUGGCCGAUCCUCUGCUGAGACACAUGUUUGGAAUAACAGCCGAUGUGAAAAUUAGCCUGCCGAGAAUUGACAAAGACUCGUCUGCAAAACUUCUACUGAGUGAGUCCAUAAAGUCGGUGGAGGAUAAUCAGGAACAAGCGAGCGGGUUGCAACAGGAAGAUGUUUCUUUACAGGACCUUUACAGUCUACAAGACAGUAACAGCUGCAAUGGCACCGUCAAUGUCCCAACAGGGAAAGUACUGAAAACUGAACCAGAGGAUUCUGACAGUCCAACUCCUCUCUAUGCGUUUUACUAUUCAGGUAGCACUCUGGACAAGGGAACAUCAUGUCAUAUUAAAAGUGAGCCAGAAUGUGGAUAUGUGGAACCCAUAGAUGAAGAUUUCCUCAGCACAGAUGAAAGCAACAUCCCCAACUCACGGGACAUCGCUGGCCGGCCACAGACUCCGACUUGUGUGGAUCCGAACACAAACACGGGGAGAAUGGGAAGAAAAAGGAAGCGCACGAUGUGUCCUUGUUGCGUCCCUGCGGGGGGGCACGGUGCAAGGUCCCAAGAAGAGCCCAAGAAGUGGGCAUGGGAGACGGCGCAGACGAGUAGAAAAGGGGGAAGAACCAAAUUUGCUAAAAAAGUUGGGAAAACAUCUGGAAAGAUCAACUGUCAAAAAGUGAAGGAGUGUAAGGCUGCUGAGGGUCUAGUGAGUGACAGUGAGACCACUGUCACUGAAGUAGUCAAACUACACGAACAGAUCCAAAGACUCAAAGAGCUACUGCACGAGAAAGAGGACGCUUUAAAACUGAUGACAAGCAGCGUGGGCGGGGAUCCAACAAUUUGAACUCUAAUAUUCUAGGAAACGUUUUUUAUUAUUAGAAUAGAAUAUGUUGUUCUCCCAUUUAUGUUUGUUGGAGUUAGCAACUGUAAAAGCACAUCUAAUGUGAGAAAUUGAUAAAUGAAUAAGAAAUGCUUUAGUAAACACUGUCAGUAUGGACUUUAUAGUUGGUAACUAAAAAGCUAUUUGCUUACUCAUUAAGUAAAAAAAAAAAUGCUUAAAUGUAAUAUUUCCUAAAUGGACUAAUACAUUAUUAAUAUGUUAUAAGGGAACUUGUACAAAUAAAUGACCUUGUUGAAGUGACUCAUGUGAACACUUAAUCCAUGAAUGUUUGGAUGGAGUUACAGUUUGACUUGUGUUUUUAGCAGCAUUUGGGGUGAGGUUAUCCUGGUCAGCAGGAUUCAGGUGUUGCAGCAGCACGAGGACCAAAGUAAUCACUGAAAGAGAAGGGACAUUUAUUGGAAAUAUAUAAGAUUAAAGGAAAUAGAAACUAUAUAAGACUAAUUUAAUUUGGAGUAACAAGGCAAGCAUUGUAUCUAUCAAUCUACUGUUAACAUUUCAAGUGGUGGAAAAGUACUCCUUUAAUUGUGUAAAAGUAGAAAUACUAUGUUCUUGAAAUAUACUCAAUGUAUACUUUGUGUAAUAAAAGUACUCAGAAUGGC